GUAAACCAAUCAAACAGCAUAAGCAGUGCCCAAGGGGUGCAGCCUGUCUGACUGACCUUUGAUGUGGCUCCUAUUUGCAGGUGGCAUUAACCAAUUGAACACACUCCCAUUAAGUGAUCAGAUCCAUGUUGCAAUGUCACCGCACAUGAUGAAUACGAAGUCAAUUAUCUCUUUCCCAUUUGAUGUUUCUUCUCCCACCAGAUUCUAUCACAACAAUGCAUUUGGUUUAACACAGAUGGACAUGAUUCAGAGAACAGUUGUCAAUAACAGUGUUGGGAUCCCUUUCACUCCAAACAAGAGGCAAAUCAACUGCUGCAACAUUUGCCAGCUGUUCUUUAACUCCCAGAACCAAGCUGAAACCCACUACAGAAGUAACAAGCAUGCCAGGAUGGUCAAGGGGCUGGAGUCCAAAAAAACUAAGCAGAAAGGGUCUUCUCCAAAGGACAUCACUGUCUCCAAGACCACCUCCAUCUCAGAUACAGAUAUCAUUGAAAAGAGCAUUCAGAAAACAGAAGAUCAUGUAGAGAUUGUCUCUACUGGAGUUCCCUCAGAAACUCUUUGGUCUAUUUCCCCAUUGCUCACUCCUGAGCUUCAACCAUCUGCUAUCCUCACUGCAUCAACUGACAGUACAUUGGCUCCUGCAACUAUAUCGACUGGAGCUUCCGGGGUGGACGGAGUGACAACAGUUGAUGCCAGAAUGGUUAACAAGGAGUCUGACGAGGAGACAGCAAUGAAACUGCAAUAUUGUUCACUCUGCAAAGUAGGCCUGAACUCACUAUCCCAACUGCAAGCUCACAACAAAGGCACUAAGCACAAGACCAUGUUGGCAGUUCAGAAAGGUUUUGGUCCUAUAAAGGUUUAUCCAAAGCCACAUUUCCAAACCCAUGGUCAAACAAAGCCCUGGCGCAGAUUACAGGAUAGGAUUUUCCACUGUCGAUUGUGCGACGUUUGUGUUAACUCAGAAAUGCAACUAAAGCAGCAUAUAUCCAGUCGACGGCAUAAGGACAGAGUUGCAGGAAAGACUCCAAAACCCAAACCUGGUCCAAAAAAGAAGCUACAACUCAAUGUUCAAGCACCAGCAAAUGAGCUCCAGGAGUCAGUAGAGGCCGGAUUCCUGCCCAAUCCCUUGACUCCUGCAAUGACAACAGUCUUAUCUACACUGCCUCUACGUCCGGCUGUAGCUCCCACCAUUUUUCAGGCACCACCAAUAACACUACUUCAAGCAAUGCCAGGGCCGGUUCGAAUCUUCCACAGACCCAUCCUCUUUACCCCAUACUAAUUCAGCGAAAGCAGCAGCUGUCUGCCAUAUGAAGUAAUUUUUUAAUGA